AUGGCUACUGAGUUUGGCAACUACAAGGAUUAUAGUGGGGUGUCAAAACUGCCUGCCUCUGCGACUCACCUACUUGACCCACGUCUAAAAAUCCUGGCUACGCUGAUCCCCGGAAUCUUUGCCGCCAAGCACUGUUUGGACAUCGGCUGUAAUGCUGGCAGCGUCUCAAUCCAACUAUCAUUCGAUUUUCAAGCGGCAUCCGUUACGGGCAUCGAUAUCGAUCCCAAGCUGAUUGCUCAGGCCGAGAAGCUCCUGGCCCUGCGUGCUUCCCGUGCGAAACCCCCCACGAGUGGCUCGGCACCCGUUGUCGACUACUUUCCUAUAUCCGCCGUGCUCACUCAUGGAUACCGGAUUGAACCGCAGAACAAGGCUGCGCAUAGCGCAUCCACUGUAUCAGCUGCUUGGCCGCGUGUAACCUUCUUCUCUGCAGAUUGGGCCGUACCCUCAGCCCACGACGUCGAGGAGUCAUAUGAUGUGAUCCUGGCAUUAUCCGUCAUUAAAUGGAUCCACCUCCAACAUCGAGACACUGGUCUAGUUGCGUUCUUUGAGAAGUGCGCCUCGUCGUUGCGAACGGGUGGAUACCUCGUUAUUGAACUUCAGGGCUGGGACUCAUAUCAGAAGGCCGUUCGCCCAAACCACUCUCCGCAUUUCCAGCAGGCUUUGAAGGAACUCGAGUUACGUCCGGAAACUUCAUUCGACACUUUCCUUGCGAACCGAGGCCUACGGCUCUACGCUUCAUCAGAUGCACUUCCUCGUCGCAUCAGUGUCUAUCGAAAGGCCUGA